AGAUGACAAUUUUAUUAUAUUUUUAUAACUAAUAUCGAGAAUAAUGUAGUAAAAUGUAUAAAAAUGUGAUUUUAUUGAUGAGCAUUUAAUAUUAAGCUAUAUAAUUUAUAAAAAUCAAGUUGGUGGACUCUCGAAAAUAACUUACAACAAGAUAUCACAAUAAUUUUAAGAAAGGCUUAGAAGAUAUAUUUUAUCCAAAAUGUCUAUGCCACCUACAUAUAAACAAAUUGCAGUUAGUACACCUGUACAAAGCACUCAACGAUUAAGAGCCUCGGGUGGUGGAGGAGGUGGAGAUGGAGGAAGCAGAAAAGAUAAUUCUGGGUCACCAUUCAUAGUGACCCCGCACAGUCAUCCUGGUUAUUUGCCGCAGAAAGUUAGCAAAGCUAGUGCUUCUGCUACGGCCCUAAAACCACCAAAAGCCCCAGAGAAACCCCUCAUGCCCUACAUGAGAUACUCUCGUAGAGUUUGGGAUUCAGUGAAAGCAAAUCAUCCAGAUCUAAAAUUAUGGGAAAUCGGAAAAAUCAUUGGAGGAAUGUGGAGGGACUUGCCCGAGAGCGAAAAAGUUGAAUUUGUUGAAGAAUAUGAAGCUGAUAAAGUGGAAUAUGAGAAGAAUUUGAAAGCUUAUCAUAACUCAUCUGCUUAUUUGGCUUAUAUUGCUGCUAAAAAUAGAGUAAAACCAGUGACUCUUGUCUCAGAAGAAAGAGACGUUCAUGAUCGUUCAAGUGGCAAACAACAACAACAAGACAGAAGAAUUGAUAUUCAACCAGCUGAAGAUGAAGAUGAUCAAGAUGAUGGUUACUCUGCUAAACAUGUAGCCUUUGCUCGCUACAACCGAAAUCACCGCCUGAUUAAUGAAAUAUUUUCUGAUGCAAUCGUACCAGAUGUAAGAUCUGUAGUGACAACAUCUAGAAUGCAGGUUUUAAGAAGGCAAGUCCAUUCAUUAACAAUGCAUCAGAAAAAAUUGGAAGCUGAAUUGCAGCAAAUCGAAGACAAAUUUGAAACUAAGAAGAGGAAGUUUAUUGAGAGCAGUGAAACUUUCCAACAAGAACUAAAGAAGCACUGUAAACCAGCCGUGACCGAAGAAGCGUUCCAGAAAAUGGUGGAAAAACAAUACGAGGCUUUAAGACAAGAACGUUUAGCCGGACCCAAAGGUCCUCGGGCCGAUGAUGCAAACAGAGGAUCAGCUGGUGGUACAGGGGGCCCAAAAUCUGUCGAAGAGGCACAGAAUAAUGCUCCUGCGGCUGCAGGUGCUACUAUGGCAUCUGCACCGACUGAGGAUAGUCAGGGAUCGAGAGAGCCUAUGGAGCAAGAGCAGCCCAAAAAAAUAGAAGAGCCCAAAGACCAAAAACCGGACACCAUAAAAACAGAAGACGAAUCUGAAGCAAUGGAAAUAGAGCCUCCAGAAGGUUCAACAACAGAACCAACACCAGCUCCGCCAAGUGCAGGCGAUGAAAGCGCCUCCAAAUCACCUCCAGAGGAAAAGCCGAUAGUGAAGACGGAGGAAAAGAGUGAAAUUAAGAAUGAACCAACACCACCACCGCCGGCAGUGGAAACACCGCCAAUUUCGGAAAGUAAUCAAAUGCCACCGGUGGUGGAACCGCCACAAGGGCACCAUCAUGCACCGGCGCCGCCGCAUCCUGAGGCACAGAUGCCGCCGCAGCAGGCGCCUUUGGCCCCUCAACCAGUGCAAUUUUCUGGUCCUGGGGGACCCGGCCUGCCACCGCCACCGCCGCACGCACAGAUGCCCAUCGACCCUCAUAUUCCACCACAUCAUCCACAAGCCGUGAUGCCACCAAUGUCAGGUGCUCACCAUCCCGGCAUGCCGCCGCCGCCUCCGUCCGUCGGAUACGGUCCGCCGCCUCACCAGUACGCGCCUCGCGGCUACUAUCCUCCUCCACCGCCACAGAAUCAGUACGCAGCACCGCCGGGGCAGCAGCCGCCGCCACCGCCUCCGCACCACGCUCCAUAUCCUCCAUACCAUCAUCAGGGGUAUCAGGGUUAUCCGCCACAUGCACCGUACCCCUACGGCGGACAUCACGUCGCCAGACCGCCAAUGGGGCACUAUCCGCCGCCUCCGAUGCACCAUCAUGAGCAGCAAUUAGCACCACCGCCACAUCCUGCACAGCAACCUCCUCCUAUGCAUCCUGGGGCACCCGAUUUGCAGACGCAGCAACAGGCACCGCCACCUGCACAACUGCCGCCACAAGCACCACAGGGGGGGACAGACGAUAAGGGUGAACCGAAAGGUGAUGCAGAACCCCGCAAAGCAGAAGGCGACCAAUAA